ACAUGUCGGUGUUAUGUUUGGGACAAGUCUGACACUCAUUAGCAUUGCAGACCAGUAUAUCGCUAUUUGUAAUACUAUUGGACCACACUUUAGCAGGGUUGGUUAGUACAUGUAGUUACUGGUGUAGUGCGCGCAGCUGGUCGCCGGAGAAAGCAUCGCAGUGGAAGAGGAUUCUGCCGAUGUCCACAGGUCUACGCCAUCGUCUCCUGGCAAACUGAGCAAACUUGACACCCACUGAGUGUCGUGAUCGGUUUCAGCUGGACUAACUUGAGAGAUUCGAGAUUUUAUCGUUUCGCCCUGAGAGUGGGCUAUGCCGGGAAAUUUGGUGAAUCGAUGUGGAGAGACUUUUGCAGCAAAGAGACCAUCUGAUGUGAUUGCUGCUGCUGCUGUUUCUUUGCAGACACAGCCACGCAACCGCACACCUGUGCGUGCACUGCCGAAACAUCUGCUCACACACACACACACACACACACACACACACACACACACACACACACACACACACACAUGCACACUAAAGAGAAACCACAUUCAUAAGAGACUGUUGCUUCCGCCGUGGACCAAUCGUGUUCAAGUGUGGCAGCAUGAUUUCUGAUGAUGACGAUGACGACGAUCUACCUGGCGUUCUACCUGAUUUCCAACGUCCUCGCAGUAAUGUCCGUGUUGCUGCGGUGCGUGCGAAAGCCGAUUCAACUGCAUCAGCAGAGGCCCUGCCUGCCAGAUUAGAUGUCAAUGUCAAAGAUAGCGAUGUUGAUGCUGUGCUGGCUUUCUGUCCGGAACUGAGUCGAGCCGACAUCCGCCGUGACUUGCUUGUGUCUGGCAGCGCACAGUCAACCAUUAACCGCUUCCUCGAUGGCCAAUUUCUCGACGGAGUACCGGAACCUACGUCCAAUGUCUUGCCAGUGGCAACGAAGCAUUCUGGGUACACGAGCACCUUAUCGCGAAAUCAGUCACACUCUGGAUCUGCCUCUCCCUUUCGACAUGAUUCUCCCUCUCCUGUCCGUGCUUAUUCUCCUUCUCCUGUGCGGGCUGAUUCUCCUCCUCCCAUUCGAACACGUGCAUUCCCCACUUCGGCUAUAUUCGGCGAUGAGUCUGAUAUCUCAAUUAGCGAUGGCGAUGAUAAUGACGACGACCUGAAGAUGUUGUCACGACAGCCUGUAGCGACUGCACCCAGUAGGUUCACUGCUACUGCAGCAGGAAAGGGUGAACCCGCACGGCGGGACAGCAUCGACUCUAGAAGCUUCUCCCUUAUCGACUAUGCUGAAACACAUGACAUAGACGAGCUGGAUGACACUGGUAUUCUGGCUGCUGCUGCGGGCCGUGCUACGACGUAUAGCUGUGCCGAUGGCAAUACUGGCAGUGAAUGCUCUAGUGGGUCUUCGGUGAGGUUGAUUGGCGUGGGCGGUGUUGCUAGCGGUAGUGGUACACGCUUGACAGCUUGGAAGGAGAAGGAGCAGUGCUUACCAUCAGAUGGAAGUGACAGCGAUACCGUCCGCCUUGACCCUCUGCCUGUGUCCACCAAGAGGAAAAGACUCACGGCUGAAGAGCAUGCAGAACAGAAGAGAAAAAAGGAUCGUGAACGAGAGGCCAAGAAAUCUCAGAAAGCUGCUGAGAAGCAACAGAAGCAAUUGGAUAAGGCUAGGGAGAAGGCAGCCAAGAAGAUCUCUGCAGAGUCAAGACAAGCUAACAACCGUGAACAGUCUCUGAAGAUGAUGCGCUUGCUGGCUGACUCACGACUCUGGGACUUUCCCCACUGGGCCGCCAUCUUUGACAUGCUCACUGGGUGUCCGGAGAGUGGUGGCUUCGCAGCGGAUUCAAGAAGCGCGGCUGAUAAAGGUAGCAGCAACAGUAAUGCCAAAGCUGCUUCUGCUGCUGUAGCAGGAGCUUCGUUUGGUGUGGUUGUCGAAGAGGAGCGGCUGCCCGUUGCCAAUUCAGUGCGUUGGAGACGACAAGUUGUCCAUGGAGCAUUUGAUGAGGACUCGCAGGAUAUUGUUCGUGAGACCCAAUCAAUAGAUGAAGGCCAUGCAGCUGUCUUGUGGACAGCAGAGGAGUUUGCACAGUGUAUUCUGCAGUGCGAGGGAGACGACAGCUCCAUUCAGCUCUCCGGCAGAUCCUUGCAGGAUGCGUUUGAUGAAAUGGAGGUCACGCUGGUCCUUGUCGGCGUGAAGUCUUAUCUUGGGCAAUGCAAAAACGCCGGCAACCGUGACUUCCGCUCUGCAGUUCGCCGUCUUGGUGACACAGAAGAUGACCCUACUGUAGGCGGCGAUGGUGGUGGCGGUGGUGGUGUUCGACGUAAAGCUACAAAGAAACAACAGCCAACAGCAAGUGUAACGCAAGUGCAGGUGGAUGACAUGCUUGUCGCCUUGCAGCUUUUAUGUCCAAAGCUGCGUGUACGUCAAACAGAAACACCUUUUGAAACUGCCCGUCUCCUCUUCCAAAUGACCAAAUCUGUUGCACAUGAUCCAGCCAGGAAAGCUGAUACAACGCCGUUCAGCUUUUAUGCCGAGGGUCAGAGCUUGAAACCAGUCAAGAUUGACAACAACGGGGUAGGUUGUGGUCGCGCUUGGCAGCAGCAGUUGCGUCAAAUCCAUGGUGUUGGACAUGAUAAGGCCGCCGCCAUUUCUCAGACAUUUCCUUCGCCGAGGCAUCUUCUUCAGGAAUGUCUGAAGUGUGAGAAUGGCAAGCAAAUUGAUCAGCUCAUGACUGGAAUAGAGGUUCGGCGUGGAAUGGGUGUGAUGGGCCGGACAACGCACGUAGGCAAAGACUUUGGCCGUCAGUUGCAUCGCUACAUAACUUCGCGUGAUGGUGAUGAGCUGAUCGACGGAUCCGGAAGAAGCACAGACUAGCAAGAUAGAACUACUUGUAUCAUGAGUUUUCUUCUUUGUUUUAGCAAUCAUUUUCAGGGCUUUGGACGCUGCCCGCCACCUAUUUAGCUUGGCCAAUAGCAACGUUAGUAUGGAGGUGGCUGUAGCAGGUGCCAGCCAGUACUUCACUCACUGGACUCUCUGGCUGUAAUAGGUGCCAGUAGUUCACUCACUGGACUCUCUGUGGAGGUGGCUGUAACUAAAUGCCAGUAGUUCACUCACUGGACACUCUACUCUAUGCUGCCUUGCCGGGGUUGACACCAAGACAUCUUGGUGGCAAUCCUUACUAUAUUUUGGAGACGUCUCUCCGAGUCGAUUCCUAGAUGGAAAAGAGUCCUUAGCUUUGUGUUACAUGUACUUUGGUUAUAGUUUUUUAAGUUCCCACAGAGAUUCACGAGACGAUCUUAUUUUAAAUGGUUAUUGUUGAUUUCAGUAAUUAUCAUGGAAAUGGCCAAUCAGUGUACCCGUGCCUGUACCUGUUGUAACGUUUACACAUCACCCGAAUUAUACUCCUAUCAUUCUAGUUUGUCUUCUUUUCAUUGCUCUUUGUAUUCUGCUACAGCAGCGUGCGUGUUUCUGUGCGCCUAGCAUACAUGUACAUGUGCUCUUUGCCACACAAUGUCAGAUCCGGCAUGCUGCCGGUGGCUAGUUAACUCGCAUCUCGCAAGUA